GGAGUUUUAAUGAUUUACCUCCCUUGCAGGUCUGUAUUUUGAUUGGAUAAUAACUGGGCGAUACAGGCCGUAGUGCAUAUUUUGAAAACAACUAUUAUUCAUUGAACGCGGCGACCGUGGCUUCUCGUCAGUCUUAAGGUUUGUGGUGUGGACAAGUAGACAUGUCAUGCAGAAUAUUCAUACAUCAACAGGCGAUUGCCUCAACUUCAAGCAUCCAGGAAUACAUCAGAGCACAGAGUGACACAGCUGAAGAGAAUGUCCAGUUCAUCUCCCCGGGAUGUCCUACCUCUGUGUUGCCUGGUAUCCAGAAACACCAAACCGUAGGAGAGUAUGUGACGCGACUGUGUCGAAGCCAUGGCCUGUUGGUCAGCCGCCGGGUCACUGUGUUGUCUGUGGAGGAGAGCCUUCAGGCAGUACAACUGUGUCUGGCACAUAUGAACAAGGAGAAAGGGGACUCAUUUGACGCCGAAGCAAGCAAGGUUUAUGAAUACUACCAGAAACUAUCUGCUGCAAAACUGAACCCGGAAGAAGUGUUGUCCUCCCAGACCUGUGUAGAACUGCUGACUCAGUACAAUUCCUUCCUGGCUGCUUGCGGACAUGUGGACAUCAUGGACGUCGUCACUGCCUUUAAUAAAGAGUUCACAAAAGACCCCACAGAGUCGGAGCUCCAGAGAGACCUGGCGGGAACAACGCUCGUGUUUCUAGGUCUGCCAAGAGGUCAAACUGAGAAGCUGCUGAUGAGACACCUGUGUAGAGGGGGUAACCAUGGUAACAUCACAGAGCUGUACAAUGAUGGUGCAUCUGAAGACACUGAAACCAUCAGUCAGCGAAAUAGGUCUUUGGAGGAGUUACUCCCCCUUGUUGUUGAAACACCAGUUAAGGGAUCAAGACCUACUUCAACAUCAAUACAACAGGUGUUCACUCACCGAGUGCUGCUGGCAUACCUCCACAUCCUGGUGAACUCCCGCAGUGAGCUGGCUCUUGCCCGCAUCUUCAACGUACCAGACCGGGAGCUGGAUCACCAUGCUUUCACUGCUCUAAAACACGAGGCCAAGCGGAAAAACAUGUCCAUGUUCCAGACUGCCAUGUCUUUCCUGAUGCGUAUCCGACUUGGAGGGAAGGGCUAUGCCCCGGAUACGGAGUGUCCCCUCAACCAGCAUGUCAAGGGUCUCGGGGAGCUGGUAGACCUGGUACAGAAGCUGCUGACUGUUGCAGAAGAAGAUCCAGAUAUCAGGUCUGCGUGUCGCCGCAUCCUCAAUGUGGUGAAGAACCGACUCGUCAAGUGUAAGCUGCUGAAGCUGAAGAUGGAGGAAGUAGAGCUGGUGACAGAGCAACUUUACGACUGCAUCUCUCAGAUUGUCAGAGACCUCGAGACCAGGACGGCGCACACUCCAAACAAGCCCGCAUCAGAAGGAGGAUCCCUGAUAGGACGAAAGACUCUGAGAGUUAUCAAGCUGUUGCUGGACAAAAUGGCCAGUAGCCAAGGGGGAGACAACUCCUGUGAGCUGUUCCUCAGUGACAUGGCUCUGAACCCCACCACACCCACAAGAGUCCCAUGUCUCAUGUCACAGUUCAGGUCUCCUGAUAUGGUUGCAAUGGAAGAGGACAGCCCUGACAAGCCUGCAGUCACCGGACUGUCGGACAGGACCAACAUCAGGGCCUAUGAAAGUUCUGAAGUUAUUUUGCCAUGUGGAGAAAAGUUGACCCGGAAACAGCUGAAUUCUGUCAUUGUGUUUCCAAGUAAAACAGUUGUCCAUGCGGGCCCAGACACGGCCAAGAUCCUGCUGGGAAUGCCUCCUGCCAGGAAGCGAGGGACCUGGGCCUCUCUGGACAAGGAGAACCUCUGCUCAAAGCCCCCCCUUAAGUCUGAUCAACCGGCCAAGAAGAGAAAGAUAUCCGACAAAGUGAGCAAGAACACAAAGACCACAGAUGACGCGUUAUCUCAACCCAGUUUAUCUCAACCAAGUUUGUCACAACCAACAGGCUCUCGGAAGAAAAAAGCUUCAACUUCCAAGAAGGGUUGCCGUCGACAACUCCUGCCUCAGGUCAAGGGUCAGCAGAAACUAACAGGGUUCUUUAGAGUUUGAAUGUUUGUUCAUGUGCAUGUAGAGACAUGGCUUGAAAUGAUGAUGAAAAUGCCAAUAAUUGUAAAUAUAGUUAUUAAUGUUCCUGAAACAGUCAUUAAAUCAAACAUCCAUGGCGGUCUCCGAUAUUUUCUCAACACUUUUAUGUGUGACAGAUACCAGUAGAUACUCAACAGCUUAAGUGGUCACAUCCAUUCAACUAAAAAUGUGUGGUAUUAAACAAUGAUAUUAGCUCUAAUAAUGGCUUCAGAAUGCACAACAAAUCUAAUGCUGUUUUCAUGUGUAUUGGGGUAAAACAUUUACACUUCGGUGUUUCUCUCACAUUCAAUCUGUGGUACAUUGCUUAUGGGUCAAGAAAGAAACCAGACUUUAAAUUUGAAUUGUUUUGUGUCAGAUUUGAACAUGUUAAAGAAAAUAAAAAUCUUUAGAAAUCUGAACAUGAUGAAGUCCAUGUUCAGCCAAAAUUAAUAUCAGAAAUCUUCCGAGAAAAAGAGUACUUCUGAGUUACCAUGAUUACAUGCUUCAUUUUUUUGUCGGGUAUAUCUUACUUUCAAUGAUAUUAAUGAAUCUGAACUAUAUGAACUUUAUUUAACUGAAUUUUUAUUAAAACAUUUUCAUCUGAAGAUUGUUUUGUGGAUAACAAUGAAAUGACCCAUUUAAAACACUGGGGAUAUAUGUUAAUUGUGUUUAUGUCUUAUUAUUGGUAAUACAUGUAUAUAUAUGUGAUUUUGUAACAUGUUCAUGAUCUGUGCAAUUCAUAGGAUAACAGUGUUAUCGGUUUUACAAGUGUUUUUAUUAACAUUGUUUUUAAUAUAUUUUACUUCUAAAUAAAUCAUGUCUUGUUGAA